AUGGCUGAGCCUAUAGGCCUUGCUUCUGGCGUCUUGACAUUAGUCAUUUUCACUCACAAAUCAUGUGUUACGCUUUAUAAAACAAUACAGAGUUUCAAAAACCAUCCCAAGCGAGUGCGCAAUCUCAUCGAGGAGCUAGAGGCUCUCAUUGGCGUUUUGGAAUCAUUGAGCGAAACGAUGAAGCUGCAUAUAGAUGUGGAUGUUUCCGCACUUGAUCUACCUUUGCGACGAUGUGGCAGGGCUUGCGACGAGUUUUUACAGGAGCUCCAAAAGUGCUGCUCGCGAUCUGGAGGCGAUCGACAAAGCUUUCGGGACUGGGCCAAGCUGAGGUACAUGGGUGAUGACAUCAAUGAUUUUGUGGAUUCGCUAGCAGCAUACAAGUCAACAAUCAAUAUCGCGCUCACAGACAUUCAGCUUCGCAAGACUUCUGUUACUCUAGAGCGGCUUGGAGACUACAACGACCUUAUCACAACAGCAACGAACGAUCUCGAGGCGCGACUCGAAACUAUUGAUGAAAGGCUCCAAUCUUUGGUAGAGCGCACUACGUCAAGCUCAGCAACAACAGAACUUCAAAGCUUGGAGGACGAGCGCUCAAGCACGCAAAAGUGUCUUCUGAUUUGCGCCCAGUUCUCCAAGCUUAUCCAGCAGCUGCAAUCAUCAUCAGCAAGGGAUCUUCCCCAAGGCUUAGACAGCAUACCUAAGAAGAUCACGAGCGAUGGUAUACGAGAAUGUAAAAUCAGUAUGGAGCAAACAACUGCAAAGUUAGAAAUGCAUAUGCAGGACAUUUUGGAUCGAAUGAUGGCCAGUUCAAGCGUAACAAUGACACAAGAAGAUGUAAGACACCUUGCAAGAUUGCGCGAGGAAUGGACAAGUACUCGUAAAUGCAGAGAUAUUUGUUCCCAAGCAGAACAGCACUUAAAAGAGAACGUAAGUGUCAUCGACAACUACGCUACAGGUGACGAAGCCGUGCAAUUUCUGGUAUCAAAUAGCCAAAAGACAAUACAUGGAAAGAACCGUGGAUAUGGGGACUUCAUCAAACAACUCGGUGGUCACCUCAGCGACCAGUCGAUCCAGAAGGUAUCCGGCGAUUUUUUGCAGAUGAGUAUUCAGAGGCCUGGAUAUGGAUAUCCGGAUGACAAGGUACCAGAAGCCAAAGGUAUAGAUGAGAGAGGAACAAACUGGCGGCCGGAAUAUGGUGGAGGUAGGACGCUCAAGUCCCAGCCUGUUGCAAGCGACUCAAGGCAGUCAAGCUGAGCUAGGUAAAGCCAAAUCCUGACGUUUAAUAGCGGUGUUGUUGCACAAGCUUAGAACGUUGAGCUUGUUCUUCCUCUGCUUAGCCUCCGCCUCGAGCUUAUGCUGCAACCCUCGUACAUACUCAAUGAAGUUGACCAAGUCACCUGGCCUUGCUUCCUUUGGAAUACAGCUUUGAAGAUCUCGUAUCAGUUCUUGUACCUUAGUACUGUUUGACAUUACAUUCGCGGUGUAGUCUUCGACCGUUUUGGAUUGUCGUUCAAGAUAGCCAUUGAUGGUGUGAAUCGCUCGUGUUGCCUUUUCCUUAGAAUCGAUAUCUUUUAACCUUUCGAAAACAUUAUCAACAAUUUUUAUGGCG